UCUUUUUCUCUCUCUUUCUUUCUAUCUCUUUCUCUCUUCCUUCCUCUCUCUUUCUCUCUUCCUUCCUCUCUCUUUCUCUCUUCCUUCCUCUCUCUUUCUCUCUUCCUUCCUCUCUCUUUCUCUCUUCCUUCCGAGACAGGGUCUCACUCCGUUACCCAGGCUGGAGUGUGGUUGUACGAUCAUAGCUGCUGUCUUGACCUCCUAGGCUCAAGUGAUCCUCCACCCUCAGCCUCCCGAGUAGCUGAGACUGCAGGCGUGUACCGCCAUGCCCGCCUAAUUUUUUUAUUUUUUUCUAGAGAUGGGGUCUGACUAUGUUGCCCAGGCUGGUCUCAAACUCUUGGCCUCAAGCAAUCCUCCUGCCUCGACCUCCCAAAGUGCUGGGAUUACAGGCGUGAGCCACCGCGCCCGGCCAGAAGAAAGACUUUAUGGAGAAGAAUGUUGACAUUGUGACAGCGAAUUGUGUGCCUGCUGGCUGUCUGGGUUUCACCCACCCAUCACAGCCCCACCCAGCCCCCACCAAUCAGAACAGACAGGGUCUCCUUCUGUUGCCCAGCUUGGAGCACACCUGUGUGAUCUCGGCUCGCUGCAGACUCCACCUCCCGGGUUCAAGCGAUCCUCCUGUCUCAGCCUCCCGAGUAGCUGGGAUUACAGGCACCCGCCACCACGCCCGGCUACUUUUGUAUUUUUAGUGGAGACGCGGUUUCACCAUGUUGGCCAGGCUGGUCUCGAACUCCCGACCUCGAGUGAUCCUCCCGCCUCGGCCUCCCAAAGUGCGGGGAUGACAGGCGUGAGCCAACUCGCCCGGCCACACAGUUGCCUUUUUAUGUGAUGCGCAUCAUGUAGAUGGAAGAGAAAUCAAACGGCCCCAUCUACCGGGGUGGGAUUGCAGCCUGUUCCAAUGUCUCAUUUAUUCCCUGGGUGCUGGGAGAGUCUCUGGGAUGACAAGACUGAUGGUUCCUGACCCAGGCCAGGGCAAUGCAUGACUUUUGACGCCUCGGAGAAGCUCUUCCUUCCUGGACUGUAUUCUGACACAGAGUGCGUCUGACGCUUUACCCAGCGGCGCCCAGAGCGACCUUCAUCGCGGCCACCGGCCAGCACCGUCUUCUGGAUCUUCAGCGGCUUGAGGAACUUUCUGUCCGCUUCUGGGUUGACUGAAUUUUUAUCGUGAAAAGGCACUGCCUUUGCUCAAAUGCUUUUCCUGCAUUUCUGCAAAUGGUCAUAAACGAGGUUUCACCAUGUUGGCCACGUUGAUCUCAAACUCCUCACCUCAGGUGAUCCACCCUCCUCAGCCUCCCAGAUGUGACUUUGCUCCUUCUUCAUCUUCCGCCAUGAUUGUGAGGCCUCCCCAGCCAUGUGGAACUAUCUCCGAGUCGAGAUCACGCACACCGUUUUCUAUAAUCCAAGGAUUUGGAGCCGCCGGAGGGGCGAGGAAUGCUGAACUUUCUGAGAAGGCAGCCAGCAAGUUCCAGCCUCAUUUUCCAGCCGUCAGUCAAGAUGGAGUCACCGUGUUUCAUUCGCCUCUGACAACGGGUCCUCCCGGACGCCACGUGGCUUGUUCUGAAGCCGGGCCGGAGACACCGUCUGGACCCCACAGUGCUCCCCAGGGCCGCCUCCAAAAGGAUCCCACCCCAGGGAGCCGUGCAAACACCAUAAAUCCUGCUAAUUGCCACGUUCCCGGCAGCCAGAAUCCGUGGUCUCUCUAUAGUGGGCUCACGGUCUCCAGCCAAGAGCUCAAUCUUGCUUCUGGACAAAUAUUACCGAGAAAUGUCUGCAAACCCCGGCUGCCCGGCUCCCACAUCACAGGGGCUGCGUCUCAGAAAACAACUUGCUUCUGCCGAUCCACCCCCCACCACUGCCUCCCCGGGCACCUCGCCACACAGGACGCUCUGGCUUCCCACCCAGCACACAGGCCAGGACGUCAGGGUGUCGUGAGGGGCCGUCGGAGAACAUCUAAGGGACGUCCCUGCAUUCCUGGCUGGAGGUCCUGCACCAGCAGCCUCCGUGUGAGAAAACUUUCACUCUGCAAACUCUCAGAGCCCCCACCUGCUCCCGCCUCCCGUCUGUCCUGGUUCUUGGGACCCCAGAGCCUUCUCUGUCCAGACCUCCCAGGUCCUGACGGGAAUCCGGAUAAACUCGUUGGGGCGAAGGUGUUAACGGCAGGCCCCUGUCUAAUGUAUUUCGCCACCCAGAUAAAAUGAGUGUUUUCACA